UUAGUCAAACCGGCGCUGUUUUUUUUUCUGUGGAUGUCUCUCGGUCCCUGCAUCGCUCCGUACAAGAAGACAGGCGUUUUGAAAUUUCCGGGGCAUAGUUUACGCUUGUGAUUGGCCCAUGAGAAGCUUACCAACAUGCAAAAUGAGGCAACGCCACAACACUGCCUCUAGUCGACAGCGGAUGGUAGUAGGUAGAAAUACGUAUAAGACUGUGCGUUCAAGAAAAAAAAACCCUCCCGACAUCACUUUUUAAUCUCUCCACAUAUACGGAACACGGGUUUAUGUUAUCGUUCUUUUUGCAUACACAUAAAGGCUUCUGAUUCCCCCAGUGUUAUGAAUCCAGCAUGAGUAGCACAGAAGACAAUGGUAGCAAAUGCUCACCGGCCCCAGUUUCCAGCUUCACCAUUCAGUCCAUUCUGGGCACCGCGUCUGAAGGCGCGCGCGCAGAGAAUUCCAAGGAAGGGCUGCACAGGAAUCGCGCGCUGUCCGUAUCGUCCGAGGAGUGCAGUGGAGGAGAAGAGCCUGUGGAUUGUUACUGUGCCGAGGCCGGAGACCAGCACUGUGAUGGUCGACAGCAGGCUCUUAACUUUUCUUGUUUGAACGCAGCGAAAAGAAUCGCAUCGGUUCCAGGUGGAAUAGAAAAGGGGAAGAAUUCAUCAAAGGGUGUAUUACAGGAUUACAAAGAGGAAAAGCAGAGACCAUGUAGCCAGAUGUCACCCGUCUCUGACGGAAGGAAAAGAGACGCCGAAGACAAACAUAGUAACUCCGCCAAGAAGAAGACCCGCACGGUGUUCUCGCGGAGUCAGGUGUACCAGCUGGAGUCCACCUUCGACAUGAAACGCUACCUGAGCAGCUCCGAGCGGGCCUGUCUCGCCUCUAGCCUACAGCUCACAGAGACCCAGGUCAAGACAUGGUUCCAGAACCGCAGGAACAAAUGGAAAAGGCAGCUCUCGGCAGAACUUGAAGCAGCCAACAUGGCACACGCUUCUACACAGACUCUGGUUGGGAUGCCACUUGUUUUUAGAGAAAAUUCCCUACUCAGGGUUCCAGUGCCAAGGUCCAUUGCUUUCCCCACACCUUUGUAUUAUUCCGGCAAUAACUUACCUGCUUUACCGUUGUACAAUCUUUAUAACAAGAUCGAAUACUGAAUCGAAUACUCCGUAACACAAUUCAUACAUGUAAAACAUGUCUAUGUAUAUUUAUAAACAUUUCUUUGAACGAAGAUGUUUUACAUUUCGUAUAAUAACCUGCAUAUAUGUUUAAAUACGAGUAUUUCUCUGAUUGUAGCCUAUUAAAUACACCAUGUGUAUGUUAUUUUGUACUUUUUUAAUUUAGUGCUU